UUUGUUUAUUUCGAUUUACCACAUUUUUUCGUUUGAAUUACGGAACAGCAAUCAUCACUAUAGACACUACUUUCUAACCGAACACCAGGAAUCAUUCAGAUCCUAUUAUGCCUUAUUCAGAAGCCCAGUCUUCUGUUUCUAUGGAUGUUGACCAAGACAGUGCUGACCUUAUCAAGCCUGACCAACUGGGUCCAGACACUGACCCACAAGUAGUUCGUACCUACUUAGAACAGCAAGUUCACCUGAAAGAGGCAUACCUACAAAGCCUGGUUACUUGCCCUGACCAACAAGCUUUCUUAGCCACUAAAAGCAACUAUGAAAACUGGAAAGAAAGGCUUAACACAAUGAAAUCUCUUUCCGACAAGACACUAGAUGAUGCCAAAGUUGCACAUUUAGUUCCCAAGAACUUACCUGUGUUCAACCUUCGAGGACACACCACGUUUGCCAAAGGGAAGUCAUAUGACUCACCUGAGCAGUUCUUCGAUGACUUUGCGUAUGUGCUAGAAGCACAUUCGAUCAAUGUCAAAAAUUACUGGAAGAGGUUGAUGCCACUGACUUAUAAUGCCACAAGACGUGCUUGGUUAGUUAAAACCAUGCAACGGCAUGACAUGAACUGAACCAAGCUUCGAGAAGAGUUUUGUCGUGCGUUUUCUUCUCUAUACCAAGUUUACUACCAAUGCUGACAACGAAGAGUUAGGAUAUGGUUUCUUAUCAUCUUUGAAUAAGAAGUACUGCCAAUGUGCGUGGAACGUUGCUGCAAACCACUUUGGUUUACAGUUUCCCAGUACACUGGACGCUGUUAUACAAGCAGUCUUGACUUUGGCUGAGGGCGAACCUGCAACUGCUUCAGACCAAGACUCUGAAGAAAAUGAAGAUUAC